GGAAUCGGUUCCAACACCGACUCCCCCGCCCUCUCUCUCUCUCUCUCUCUACAAAAAUAUACAGACACACACACACGUACUCCUUGCCCACUGCCUCCACCCUUUGGCCCUCGCCACCACCAUCACAAAACAAACACUCGUUAAUCCUACAAAACACAAACCCUAACCCUACGAAUCCAUCUCCUCCCUUUGUUUCCGCCGCAUUGGUCCAUUCCGUCUCGAACUCCCGACCACUCGCGGAACACCGAAAAGAUGGCGACGGCGGCGAUUCCGACACCGUCCGCCACGCCUCCGCCGACGCCUCAGGCGGCGGCGGCCGGAGGCCUCGCCAAUGCGUCCCUGUACGUGGGGGAUCUCGACCCGAGCGUGAUCGAAGGGCAACUGUAUGAUCUGUUCAACCAGGCGGCUCAAGUGGUGUCGGUUAGGGUUUGUAGGGACCAGGCCAGACGGACCUCGCUCGGUUAUGCUUACGUCAAUUUCGGAUCAGCGCAAGAGGCUGCUAAUGCCCGGGAGCUUUUAAAUUUCACACCUCUCAAUGGGAAACCUAUCAGGAUUAUGUUUUCCCAUCGAGAUCCAAGUACUCGGAAGAGUGGAUAUGCAAAUGUAUUCAUCAAGAACUUGGACACAUCUAUAGAUAACAAGGCAUUGCAUGAAAUUUUUUCUGCCUUUGGCACUGUGCUUUCAUGCAAGGUAGCAAUCAAUGGCAAUGGUCAAUCAAAAGGGUAUGGGUUUGUGCAAUUUGACCAGGAGGAAGCUGCACAGAAUGCAAUAAAACGGUUGAAUGGCAUGUUGGUAAAUGACAAACAAGUUUAUGUUGGCCUUUUUGUUCGUCAUCAGGAAAGGAAUCAAGCAAAUGGAUCAACAAAGUUCACUAAUGUUUAUGUCAAAAACUUAUCUGAAUCGACUACUGAUGAGGACCUUGAGAAAAUGUUUGGCAAGUAUGGUCCUAUAACCAGUGCAGCUGUUAUGAGAGACUCAACUGGAAAGUCCAAAUGUUUUGGUUUUGUGAACUUUCGGGAUCCAGAAGCGGCUGCUGCUGCAGUAGAGAACUUGAAUGGUACCUCUUUAAACGAUGACAGAGUUUUGUAUGUAGGGAAAGCUCAAAGGAAAGCAGAAAGGGAGGCGGAAUUGAGAGGCAAAUUUGAACAGGAAAGAACCAGUAAAUAUGACAAAUUACAAGGUGCUAACUUGUAUCUGAAAAAUCUUGAUGAAAGCAUAAAUGAUGAAAAGUUGAAGGGCUUAUUCUCUGAGUUUGGAACCAUAACGUCAUGCAAGGUCAUGCUUGAUUCACAAGGGGUGAGCAAGGGUUCUGGUUUUGUGGCCUUUUCUGCCCCUGAGGAAGCUACAAGAGCCCUGAAUGGGAUGAAUGGAAAGAUGAUUGGUCAGAAGCCUUUAUAUGUUGCUGUGGCCCAGCGCAGAGAAGAAAGGAAGGCACACUUGCAGGCACAUUUUUCUCAGGUACAAGCACAAGGUGGGAUGACACCUUUGCCUGCAGGGAUGCCUGUAUUUCACCCGGGGACACCUAGGCUUGCUCCUCAGCAGUUUUAUUAUGGUCAAGGUGCGCCUGGUCUGCUGCCACCUCAGCCUGCUGGCUACGGCUUCCAGCAACAGGUCUUUCCUGGUAUGCGCCCAGGUGUUGCCCCAAACUUCAUUAUGCCAUUCCAACUUCAUAGGCAAGGUCAACCUGGACAGCGAGUAGGACCAAGGGGAGGUGGGAAUCCUCAACAGCAGAUGCAGCAGCAGUUUAUUCAUCGCAACUCCAACCAAGGCUUUAGAUACGUGGCCAACUCACGGAAUGGUAUGAAUCAUUCUAUGGUUCCUCAAGGUCUCAUGGGUCCCAUGAUGCCAUUGCCUUACGAUGUUUCGGGGAUGUCAACGACUCCGUCAGAUGUUCAGCGUCCUGGGCCAGUAACGAUGUCAACGCUUGCUUCUGCUUUGGCUUCUGCUACACCAGAGAAUCAGCGCUUGAUGUUGGGGGAACAGCUAUUUCCGCUGGUGGAGCGCCUUGAGCAUGUCAAUGCGGGAAAAGUGACAGGUAUGAUACUGGAGAUGGACCAAACGGAGGUUCUCCAUCUGAUCGAAGCUCCAGAUGCUCUGAAGAAGAAAGUGGCCGAGGCAAUGGAUGUCCUCCUUUUAACAUCAUCGGGAUCUGAUGUUGGUGAUCAACUUGGUUCACUGUCCUUGAACGAGUGAUCCCUGCCCAAUUUUGCUUGCUUAUUACAUUUGUUCCUGCGCCUCAGAGCCCAACUGGGUUUUUUUUUGGUAGGGCUUGAUGAGCUAUAUGAUUGGUUUUGGUGUUUUCUUCUGCACUAAUUUCUAGUGCCUGCUUCAUCUCUGUGGCCAGCGUAUUGGCUGCUGACUUACUUUUUUGGUUUCUGACUUGAUAUGAGAUUUUGAAGACCUGGGAAUUAGUAGGAUUAUUAUUGUUACUGCGAAUUCGUUUAGAUGAUGAUAUGAGGUAAUCUACCAUUUUGAUA